AGGACUUUCCCCUUCAGAAUGUUUCGUUUAGCUUCUUACAGCGUGACGAAAGCAAUUGAAGCCGCUAUCAUACUAGUCUCCCUCUACCAUAUUUCGGGCUGUUCUUCUUCCUCGGGGGUUACCACCACCCCCGCCAGCACCACCACGUCUAGCAGCAGUACCCCGCCGCAGCCAACGGACUUCUCUGUUUGUGAGGAAUCACAUUUCGAUCUCACUCCGGAAGUGCUGCAGCACAGUUACGAUCCUGUGAAUAUACGUCUCAAGGAAGGUGUGAACCCGCUAGCUGGAGAUGCUGUGGUCUUCGCUCCAAAGGAUAACGCGAGCUACUCCAUGCUGCGGGUGGUUGCGUCCGCAGCAGAUGGCCCCGACGGUUACGUGAUCCGACCCGUCAACCCACGCGGUGGUGGAUACAGGGUCAGCUAUCAAGCAGCUAAUGGUGAAGUGGCGUGUAUCACAGACUUAACCUUCGCUCAAGGUGAUGACGAACCAACGCAAGCUUAUCUUACUGUCACUGGUGAUGAUAGUCUUCAAGUGAAUUGGGUCAGCGGCUCGAGUGAAAGGGGUGAAGUACUCUAUAAGAAGCCCGGCACCACCACGUGGACUCAAUUUAAUGAGACCAGUCUGGCUCGCACUUAUAAGGCGCAAGAUAUGUGCUCCGCGCCUGCUACAAGUGAAGCGUUUCGGGACCCGGGAUUCUUCCAUUCGGUAACAAUCCCAAACGUGGAGCGAGAUUCCGUCCUCCAGAUCAAGACCGGCAAUGGUGUAUCAAAAGAGUUUACCACAUCUCCCCGCCUUCUCGCUGGGGACGCUCUAAGACACAGCGUGUUCAUGGUUGGUGACUUGGGCACGAGUGGGGCCGGCCAGCUCGGGGGCUUCAGCGGCUUCGGGUUCCUACAAUUCCCACCUCCGGAUCCAGAUCGGAUUUUGUCACAUAUGCAACAAAAUGACAGAAUCCGACUAAGCAUCAUUUAUGGUGAUCUCGCAUAUGCCAAUGGCUUCUCUACCGUAUGGGACCAGUUUGGUGCUGAAGUUGAACACAACAUUGGUAUGAAACAACCGCUGGUUACGAGCGUUGGCAAUCAUGAAUACGUAUCAUUCGAUAAUCCCCACGGAUGGUACCCUCCUUUCGGUAAUUAUGAGUUCCCCGACUCCGGUGGUGAGUGUGGCGUUCCCUUCACUCAUCGUUAUCCGGUCGGCUCAGAGGAGGCAAAGUAUUGGUAUUCGUUUGACUAUGGUUUGGUACAUUAUGUUAUGAUUUCUACCGAGCAUAAUUAUCUCAAUGAGAGCGAUCAACACAACUGGCUGGAAGAUGAUCUCGCUAAUGUUGACCGGAACAAGACGCCAUGGGUCAUCGUUACUGGUCAUAGGCCGAUGUACACGUCCUGCGCCUUAGGCAAGUUCAACGGGGAUAUCGCCGAGGCGCUAAAAUCCAAUGUGGCUCCUUUGUUUAAGAAGUACAAUGUAAGCAUCUACUUUACUGGCCACGUACACGCUUAUACUCGUACUUCUGCUAUUGACGGCACGGUCCACAUUCUAGCUGGCUCGGCACGAUUCUUGAACCUUGUAUGUCCAAUUGGCACCAUGCCUCAUGUGGAGAAGGCUUUAAGUGUGAUUGGUUACAUUGAGCUCGACGUUGUGAGUAGGAGUGAACUCCGUGGGACAUUCUGGGGAUAUAAUGUCACUAGCGGGGAGGUGACUGUACAGGAUACUUUCGUAGUUGGAAGUUAGUGACAAUCAAACUCUCCUCCCACUUGCACUUCCCCAGUCAGCGGUUCAUCUUGAUUCGCUUUGUAUGCAAUCGCCCUUUGUCCAACGUGCACCAACUUCGUAUAAAAUUCUCCUUUCAAGUCAUCUUGAUAUUGUAAUGAAUAGUCAGCUCAAAAAAUCCCGCAGGGCCUCAUUCACAUGCAUCAGGUCCGCUCGCUGUUAUUUGCGGAGGGGAAGUAGGUUCCCCAUCGAUGUUGACUGCAGUCCUUGAUCUUUAUCUGUCACCGCGG